AUGUCGGCCUCUGUCGAAUAUCAGGCGGCUGGGGCGGAGUCAGAACUGGACCGAACAGUCGGAGGGCCGCGCCGCAGGAGACAUGAUGAUGACGAUGAAGGCGCCGAUAACUCAGAGGAUGACGACUUGGAGAGCACAACUAGCGGGCCUGCCAAUAAAUCAAAGUUCCAAGGGGUGUUGGAGGAGGAAAAAGAGUUGGCCCCGCAUGCGUGCGCAUACUGUGGUAUACACAACCCAAGCAGCGUUGUCAAAUGUUUAGCUUGCAGCAAGUGGUUUUGCAGCGCCCGUGGCAAUACCUCUUCGUCCCAUAUCGUGAACCAUCUUGUCCGUGCUAGACACAAGGAAGUACAACUACACCCGGAGUCGUCGCUUGGUGAUACUGUUUUGGAAUGCUAUAAUUGUGGGACCAAGAACGUUUUUCUUCUAGGGUUUAUUCCCGCCAAAUCCGAUACGGUCGUCGUCCUCUUGUGCCGUCAGCCAUGCGCCGCCAUGCCUUCCUCUAAGGAUAUGAACUGGGAUACCUCACGCUGGCAACCUCUGAUCGAAGAUCGCUCGUUUUUGACUUGGCUCGUUGCGGCUCCAUCCGAUCAAGAGCAACUUCGAGCUCGUCAUCUGAGCCCACAGAUGAUUGCGAAGCUAGAAGAGAUGUGGAAGGAGAACUCUCAGGCGACAAUUGCUGAUCUAGAAAAGGCCACGGCCGUGGACAAUGAACCCGCACCAGUUCUUUUGCGCUACGACGAUGCGUUCCAAUACCAGAACAUCUUUGGCCCGCUUGUUAAGAUUGAAGCAGACUACGACCGGAAACUGAAGGAGUCCCAGUCACAGGACGGCCUGAUUGUUCGUUGGGAUCUUGGUCUCAACAACAAGCACUUGGCUAGUUUCAUCCUGCCUAAGCUCGAACUUGGAGAUGUGAAAUUGGCGGUUGGAGAUGAAAUGCGCUUGAAGUACUCUGGCGAGUUGCGGCCUAAGUGGGAGGGAGUAGGAUAUGUUAUCAAGAUCCCAAACAACCAGUCUGACGAGGUUACCAUCGAAUUGCGCGCCAAGGGUGAUCAUAAAUCGGUGCCCACGGAAUGCACGCACAACUUUACGGCUGAUUACGUUUGGAAGUCGACCUCUUUCGAUCGUAUGCAGCUUGCUAUGAAGACAUUCGCCGUUGAUGAGAUGAGCGUUUCCGGCUACAUCUUCCACCGACUCUUGGGUCACGAGGUCGCAGCUGCACCCAUGAAAACGCAGAUGCCCAAAAAGUUCAGCGUUCCUGGACUUCCCGAGCUCAACGGCAGUCAGAUCAAUGCUGUCAAGAGUGUGCUCCAGCGACCUCUUAGUCUGAUCCAGGGCCCCCCCGGAACUGGAAAGACUGUUACCUCUGCCACCAUUAUCUACCACCUUGCCAAGCUCAAUGGUGGUCAAGUUCUGGUUUGCGCGCCCUCCAACGUCGCCGUCGAUCAACUCUGCGAGCGUAUCCACCGAACUGGCCUCAAGACCGUUCGUGUCACGGCCAAGUCUCGUGAGGAUGUCGAAUCACCUGUCGGCUUCCUGUCUCUGCACGAACAAGUCCGUCUCAACGAUAGCAACAUCGAGCUCAUCAAACUCAACCAGCUCAAGGGUGAGCUUGGCGAAUUGUCGAGCCAGGAUGAGAAGCGCUUGAAGCAACUUACUAGGGCGGCUGAGCGUGAGAUUUUGAACAACGCCGACGUCAUUUGCUGCACCUGCGUUGGUGCGGGUGACCCUCGUCUCGCGAAGCUCAAGUUCCGCACUGUUUUGAUCGAUGAAUCUACCCAGUCUGCCGAACCCGAAUGUAUGAUCCCGUUGGUGCUAGGAUGCAAGCAGGUCGUCCUUGUUGGUGACCACCAGCAGCUUGGUCCUGUUAUCAUGAAUAAGAAGGCGGCCAAGGCUGGUCUUAACCAGUCACUUUUCGAGCGACUUGUCAUCCUGGGAUGCUCGCCAAUCCGUUUGAAUGUUCAAUACCGUAUGCACCCAUGUCUCUCGGAAUUCCCUUCCAAUAUGUUCUACGAGGGAUCCCUGCAGAAUGGCAUUACCUCAUUUGAUCGCCUUCGUAGGGAGGUUGAUUUCCCUUGGCCUAUUCUUGACAGCCCCAUGAUGUUCUGGUCGAACCUUGGAAAUGAGGAGAUAUCAGCAUCGGGAACAUCUUACCUCAACCGUACUGAGGCAGCGAACGUGGAAAAGAUUGUCACUCGCUUCUUUAAGGCUGGCGUGCAACCAAAGGACAUCGGUAUCAUCACGCCUUACGAAGGACAGCGCAGUUACAUUGUCAGCUCUAUGCAAGCAACUGGUACUUUUAAGAAGGAACACUACAAGGAAAUCGAGGUUGCUUCAGUCGAUGCCUUCCAGGGUCGUGAGAAAGACUUCAUCAUCCUUUCUUGCGUUCGUUCCAACGACCAUCAAGGAAUCGGUUUCCUGAGUGAUCCUCGCCGUCUGAACGUCGCGCUUACUCGUGCCAAAUAUGGUCUGGUGAUCCUGGGUAACCCCAAGGUGCUUUCGAAGCAUCCUCUCUGGAACUGUCUCCUGCAGCACUUCAAGGAACGACACACAUUGGUAGAAGGGCCUUUGUCUAACCUUCAGGAGUCACUCAUCCAGUUCAGCCGUCCCAAGCAGGCAUACCGAGGACCUCAGCGAUUUCAGAUGGCCUACAACCAUGUGUCCAACGUCACUAGCGGAUUCAUGAAUGGAAGGAAUGGCCACCGGAACGAAUUUCAUGAUACCGGCUCCGUGGUUGGCUACAUCCCUGAUGAUGUCUCUUCUGUUCACUCCUCGGCACUUGGUGGCGUUGGCAUUCCGUCUGGAUACCCCCCUAUGUUCCAGCAAUUCGCAGAUUCGUGGCCUUCUCUUCCCGGGGCUCGCCGAGCCAACGGGAACAGAGGCAAGGGCGCGCCUAGCAUUGCUGGAGAGUCAAUCGCAGCCACAGAGUCUGAUAUUACUGGCAGCAUCAUCGAUGGAAAGGGUCCUGAGCAUGGCGGUGUCAGCCUCGCUGGUCUGAGUAUUACUGACAUGAACAAACAACCCAGUCUAAGCCAGUCCGAUAGGUUGAAGCGCUACGUGGAAUCCGGAGCUCGUGAGCUUUACAAGCCUGGUGUUCCCGAUAACGGGAGCAUUUUUGGAGGAAGCUCUGCCAGCAUUCGUGUUACUCGCGGAAUCCCCGGCCACAUCCACGAUGACGAUGACGCCCGAAGUGUUUCCACAGCGUUUGCCAGUCAGAUCGGCGGCAACUAUGAUUGA